AUGCCUGCCAUUCCCACUUCCACCUCCGUCAGCGAGUCUGCCGUCAUCGACGCACCCUUCAGCGACGUCUGGCACCUGAUCAAGCUCCAGGACUUCAGCAAGUUUUGGUCGAAGCUUGAGAAAAGCGAAUUUGUCAAGGGCGCCUCUCCCGAGACCGACGUCGUUCAAUGGACAUUCAAGGAUGGCCAAUCCCUCGAGGUCAAGCAAGAGGAACACUCCAGCAUUGACCACUACAUCACCUACUCUGUCAUCUCUGCUAAGCCCGAGCUGAGCUAUACCUCUGUCGUUUCGACCAUUCGCGCAUACCCUGUCACUUCUGGAAAGCACGAGGGUCAGACCUUCAUCACCUGGACCGGCAACUUCUCUUCAGAUGCUGAUGCCAGCGUCAUUCAGGAUGCCAAGUUCAAGCGUCGCGAGGCUCUUGACGACCUCGCUAAGGCCGCCUCGAAGAAAUAG